AUGUUUAGAAUUCAGCUAGUGAUCAAAAAAUCAACAGAUUUAACUUGUACUAUUUGUGGUGAUCGUGCUGUUGGAUUUAAUUAUGAUGCUCUUUCCUGUGCUUCAUGUAAAGCUUUUUUUCGUCGUAAUGCUCAUCAAUCUUUGGAAAAAUUAUCAUGUUUGACGGGUCAAGGUCAAUGUUCAAUAACAUACGAAAUACGUCGUAAAUGUCAACGAUGUCGAUUAAAUCGAUGUUUUUCUAUGGGAAUGAGAAAAGAUUUUAUUCUUAGUGAUCAAGAAAAAGAACGAAGAAAAAAACGUCUUGAAGAAAAUCGAAAUAUAUCAUCAAAACGUUCAUCAACAUCUGACACGAAAAAUUCAUUAUCUUCAAAUAAUAUUUUAUCAAAUUCUCAAUAUUUUUCCCAAACAUUUGAUGAAAUUGAUCAAUUAUUAAUGGAUAUGGAUACAGAUAAAUUUGAUAAUAAUAUUUUUAUUAAUGAAAAUAUUAAUUUAAAUAAUAUAAAAGAAGAAUCAUUAGAUAAAUUAUCUUUUCAAGAUGAAUUAAUUAUUGAAAAUAUUCAAUCAUCAUUUUUAUCAUAUUUUAAAAAUGAAGAAAUAAAAUGUUUUCCAAUUGAUGCAACUGAUUGUACUACGGCUCUUAUAUCUUGGUCACAAUCAGCCAAUGAAAUAGCCUUACGUUUUAUUAGUUUUUUUCGUCAAAUAGAUGAAUUUGAAAGUUUACAUAAUGAUGAUCGAUUUAUUCUUAUUAAAUAUAAUCUUCUUCCUCUUUUUCCAAUAUUCAAAUGUUUUAUAUAUAAACCAAUAAAUAAUUCUUGUUUAAAUGAAGAAAAUGAAAAAAUUGAAAAAAAUCCUCAAUUAUUUAUCUUAUCUAAUCAAACAAAUGAAAUUCGUCGUACAUUUAUAAAUGUUGUACUUUCACUUGUUAAUAUAACUGAACAAGAUCCAUCAUUAUUAUCUCUUUUAUUAUUAAUUCUCAUUUUUUCUCAAGGUUUAUCAAUGAAUGAAAAUGAACCAACAUUAAAAGAUUCAUUAGCUGUUAAUCGAGCUCAAAAUUAUUAUACAAAAUUACUUUGGAAAUAUUCAAUUAAUAAAUGGGGUGAAAUACAAACUUACAAAAAUAUAACUCAAUUACUUACAGUUAUAUUUCGACUUCAAUCAGCAACGAAAAAAAUGAGAGAAUUUUUUUCUUCUCAAUAUAUAACAUCAAACACUGUUGAUAAAAUUGCACCACUUAUGCAAACUGUUCUACAUAUAUCUUAA